AUGACAGGGUUGUUCCAGUUGGUGCUGACCUCCCGGGGGAACCAACAGUUGAUCUUCGGCGACUACCUCUACAGCCGGGAGUACAGGAACGGCGACCGUGUCUACUGGCGCUGCGUCUCCUGCAACAAGACAAAGUGCCGCGCCCGCGUGAUCACGAACGGGGGGGAGCUCGAGAUACGCAGUCUGGAGCACAAUCAUGAGCCGCACACCGCGAGCAUACGGGACAAGCUCCUCUGGCAAGAGCGUCGCCUCCAGCAGGCCAAGUAUUACUUGUGGGGUGUUCGGCAGCAGACAUGCCCGCUUGAAUAUGGUCCACGGUUGUUCCAGUUGGUGCUGACCUCCCGGGGAAACCAACAGUUGAUCUACAGCGACCACGUCUACUCCAAAGAUUACAACAACUGCGGCCGUAUCUACUGGCGCUGCGUCUCCUGGAAAAAGACAAAGUGCCGUGCCCGCGUGAUCACGAGCGGAGAUGGGCUGGAUGUACGUGGUCCAGAGCACAACCACGAACCGCACACCGAGAUCAUACGCAACAAGCUCCUCUGGCAAGAGCGUCGCCUCCAGCAGGCCAACCCCUGGGGCAACCCGCAGCUGGUGCACAAGGGCUACCUGUUCAAGACGCAGCACAACCGCCCGAGCCGGCGCCGGUACUGGCGCUGCGUCGACUGCAACAAGACCAGGUGCCACGCGCGCGCCAUCACGGACGGGGAGGGGAUCGAGAUACGUGCGGUGCAGUUUGUGCAGAGCGCGAGGGGCAACCCGCAGCUCGUCUACAACGGCUGCCUCUUCAACUCGGAGUACAAGCGCGGCGAGCGGCAGUUCUGGCAGUGCAGCUACUGCCAGAGGACCAAGUGCCGCGCUCGGGUGGCCACCUGCGGCAGCCGGCUGGAGGUGCGGCAGGGCCACCACAACCACGGGCCCCACACCGACGCCAUACGGAAGAAACUCUUGUGGAACGCCAUGUGCGCGGGCUUGGAGCAGCAUUAG